AUGAAAACGGUACAGCAGGACGGGCUCAAUCCUGGUACCGCCGACGACGGUGUCGUGCUCUCGGGCGAGGUCCACGAGGCGCUCGACCCAGCGGAAGAGGAGGCGCGCGAGGAAGAACACUUUCGCGACAUUGUCCGAGCCAUUCUGUUCUACCGGCUCGCUUCGAUGCGGUCGAUUGAGCUGAGCGCGCUGCGGCUCGGCCAGCUACCGCCAGCCCACCGUGCCCGGCUGCAGCCGAUCAUGGGGCCUGCGCUGACCAAGUGGCGGGCGUGCGUCGAGGCUAACUACGAGGUUCUCGUUGAGAUUGUCGAUGUUCUGGGUCUGCCAUGGCUGCCUCGCCCUCAGAACGCGUCUGACUCGCUGGUGGAACUCAUGCGGGGCAAGGAUCGCGCGUUCUUCGGCAACAUUCGUCCACAGGACUCAUCCAAGGUCGAGUCGACACUGCGACAGUUUGUUCGCGACUGGGCCGCCGAUGGCGCAGCCGAGCGCGACGCGUGCUACGGGCCGCUCCUCGACGCAGUCGACGCCGCCUUUGCCGAUGCCGACAAGUCACGCGUUCGCAUCGCCGUCCCGGGCGCUGGGCUCGGUCGGCUGGUGUGGGAGUUUGCCCACCGCGGCUACAUCGCGCAGGGCAACGAGUUCUCGUACUUUAUGCUCCUCGCCUCCAACUGGAUGCUCAACCACGUGACCGAGCCCAACUCCGUCACUCUCUACCCCAACACGUCGACGACAACCAACCUCAUUAAGCGUGAGCAUCAGUUUGCGCCAGUCACCAUCCCGGACGUCUCGCCGCUCAACAUUCCGGACGACGCGCAGUUCUCUAUGGUUGCCGGGGACUUUCUCGAAGUUUACGGUGCGCCUGACGCUGCCGGCGCCUGGGACGUGCUUGCCACCUGCUUCUUCAUCGACACCGCCCGCAACCUCUGCGCGUACCUCGACACCAUCAGCCACAUGCUCGCGCCGGGCGCCAUCUGGGUCAAUAUCGGGCCUCUCCUCUACCACUUUGCCGACAUGCCCAACUACAUGUCUGUUGAGCUCGCCUGGGACGAGGUCGAGCUUCUCAUCACCGAAGCCGGCUUUGCCCUCGAACGCGUCGAGCAUGUGCCGUCGACUUACGCCGGCUCGGCUCUGCCGUCGCUCAUGCGAGUCGAGUACAACUCGAUAUUCUUUGUCGCCCGCAAGACCAACGGCUCUGCCGAUGAGGAGGAGCGGGCAGCACUUUAGUUUCUACGCCGUAGCCUCGGCCUCAUCGCCGUCGCCGCCGCCGCUGGGUCCUCCGCUGCUUCCUGCACUACCUCCGCCCUGCAGUGUGCUUACAAUCGCGUGCUCGCGCGGCAUUAUGGCAUUGGCGAGCGCGAUCGCCAUCAGUGUUCCGUCCAGCGCCAUGUCCACCUUGUUGAACGCGUCCUUAGCUAGCGUCCAGAACGAGUUUCCACAUCAAACAUGAGCUUCUCC